GGUAUUUCGGUUUUGUGUCAUGCGUUUCCGCCGCAGUAAUGUUCUUCGCUAUCUCCUGUGUUUACUGGUGCCAUCCUAUAUUGUAUGGCUGUUUUACCGACCUGAACAUAUCGAAGUUAGGCACGAACCUGUUCCUGCACCGGAACCUAAUACGUUAAUCAGUUAUGAGGACAUUAGCUUGGCCAAGGAAGAGGCUAACAGAGUUGGUCCUGGCGAACAAGGUGCUGCUGUUCGAUUGUUUGGUGAACAGAAAGUCGAAUCGGAAAAAUUCCUCAAUCAGAAUGGAUUUAACACAUACAUUAGCGACAUGAUAGCCAUCGACAGAGCAGUUGCAGAUAUACGCCAUCCAAAGUGCAAAGCCAUGCUGUACUUAGCCAAACUUCCUAGUGUGUCACUUGUGAUACCCUUCUUUCAGGAAAACUGGAAUGCAUUGCUCAGAACUUUCGUUUCGUCCCUUAAGCGAUCCCCACCUGGGUUAAUUAAGGAAGUCAUUCUCGUUGACGAUGGCAGUACGCGAGAAUAUUUGAAAGAACCACUCGAUAGAUAUCUGGAAGAGCAUUAUCCGGAUGGCUUGGUGCGUGUUAUUCGCUCCCCGAGGCGUGAGGGUCUGAUAACAGCCCGCAUCCGGGGAGCGAGAGCUGCGACUGGUGACGUUUUGGUUUUCCUGGACUCUCAUUGCGAACCGAAUCCAAACUGGUUACCGCCGCUCGUAGAUCCGAUCGCUCGAGACCAUAAGGUCGUUACUUGUCCGUUCAUUGAUGUCAUAAGCGCAGACACGUUCGAGUAUCGGGCGCAAGACGAAGGGGCUCGCGGCGCUUUUGAUUGGGAGCUGUUUUACAAACGACUACCGAAGCUACCGCAGGAUUUGCCACAUCCGGAACAGCCCUUUGAUAGUCCGGUAAUGGCUGGCGGUCUUUUUGCCAUUAGUGCAAAGUGGUUCUGGGAACUUGGUGGGUAUGACCCUGGGCUCGUUAUUUGGGGUGGUGAGCAAUAUGAACUGUCGUUCAAAAUUUGGAUGUGCGGAGGUCGGAUGAUCGACAUUCCAUGUUCGCGUAUCGGCCAUAUUUAUCGAACCCAUCCUACGGACUUCCCAAGCGCAGGUUUGGGAGACUUCCUGGGGAAGAAUUAUAAGCGUGUUGCCGAAACAUGGAUGGAUGAAUACAAGGAAUAUAUCUAUAGUCGUCGACCUCAUUACAGACACAUCGAUGCUGGUGACUUAUCCGAACAGAAGGCGGUCCGGGAACGAUUGCAGUGCAAACCAUUCAAAUGGUUCAUGCAGACGAUUGCCUUUGAUCUGACUAAAAAAUAUCCAUUAGUUGAGCCUGUUUCGGCUGCGACUGGUGAUGUCAGACCUGUUGUCGAUCGGACGCUUUGCGUGGAUGCUGAGGGUGCCACCAAAACAGAACCCAUCAAGCUCAAGAAGUGUUUGGAAUAUACCGGUGGGAAUGGAGUGCAGAAGUUCGAGCUUUCCUAUACCGAUGAUAUUCGCCCAGUGAAACAUAAGAACUGCUGGGACCUUCCCCAUGCCGGGCAAAAUGCGCCAGUUGUCAUGUUCGAAUGCCAUGGAAUGCAUGGAAAUCAGCAUUGGAUUGUCGAACCUCUGGAGGAGGACAACCGAAAUCCGAUCUUAAUAAAGCAUGCGCUCACCAAUUAUUGUCUAGAGGCACACGCGACUACAUCAAAAGUUGUGGCAAAUGUGUGCAACAGAGACGUGGUUGCACAACACUGGGUAUGGGAGAAACUUCAGUUUGACGAAGCCAAAGAGUCAAAGAAGCGAGCUGGAUUGUGAUACUUCUCUGUGUGUAUUUUAGUUUAUUUUCUAAGGUUCUUUGCGCACGCAAAUCUAAUCUGUGAUAGAGUUCCUCGUCUUCAGACGGACAUUGACUAUUCAUUGUUCGAAAAAUUCUGGUAUUGGUUUUGGUUUUCCCUCUUAUCAUCUUUCAGCCUUCGAUCCGAUCCAUGGCCGUUUAUAAUUCUUAUGGCGGUUGUACAGUUUGUUCACUUGACUUUUGACUACCCUGAACUUUCGUAUUUAGUAACUUAGUUACCCUUUUCAGAUUUAAGACGAAUUUGGGAGUAGAGGAUCGUGAAGUAUCCACUAUGAACUGUAUUCUGCGGAACUUUGUUGAUGUCGUUCCUUCACUCCAGACGAAAUAUCCUUCAAAGGUCCAUUUUUUCAAUACCAAGCAAACCCGGUUUCAAGGUCAUGUUUACUAAAGUAACAUAACGUGACGCUUUGACAGAGUUACGGUAAACAGUUCAGUACACGGUAUCUUUUUCUCGAUAAUCCAGACCAAGUGCGAUAUUGGAACAGCAAUUUCGCAUCGGAAUUCAGUGUCUUUUUUUAUCUUUUUCGCAAAUACGUCCUUCUGGGAAGUAAAUUAUUUGCAA